AUGGCCAUUGUAGAACUUGCAGCUUUUUUGGCUUUUCUACCUGCCAGCUUUGUAGCUUUUUAUGUAUGGCUACUUCAAAGUCGUAAGGGAAGCUUGCCUAUAACCACUGCCGAAGUUGCUUAUGAUAAACAUAAAUUCGGUCAUAUCCUGAACUGGGACAAGUAUCACCUGUAUAUCCACGGAAUUCCUACUUUAAUUAUCAGUGGCGAAUUUCAUUAUUGGCGUCUUCCAGAUAGGUCACGAUGGGAAAGCAUUCUUAAGAAAUAUCGUGCUGGGGGAUUUAAUUGUAUCAGAAUUUACUUUCACUGGGGCUAUCAUAGUCCUGAUGAAGGAAUAUACAAUUUCAAGGACAACAGGGAUAUCAAUUAUUUACUGGAUCUAUGCGAAGAGCUAAAUCUUUAUGUUCUUGCGGCGCCAGGCCCGUACAUCUGUGCCGAAACUCAAGCUGGCGGAUUUCCAAUUUGGGUGGUUGAAAAGGUCAAGAAACUGCGUCAU